AUGCCUCCAAUGACCAAGAUAUGGCUCUGCACCCUCAAAGACACCCGCUCAAUUUCCACCCCCGAAUUUCAAGAGCUGAUCACCGAACUCCUGAACUUCUGUGGCUCCUAUACAAACCCAUACAAAGAUCCAGCUCUACCACCCAUGCAUGCCUUCUUCCAGGAUACACAGGAUCCAGCGAAACUCUUCAUGAUUACGGGCUAUCCAUCGCAGGAAAUGAACACCGAGGCGGAUAAUAUCUACGCGGAGCGAUAUUUGCCUCGGAUGUUCGGAUUUGUGCAGCACAAAGCGCUCUGGCAGGUUAAUCUUGAUGUGCGAGCCUUGCCAUUAUGCGGAGAGGUUGCUGUUGCUGUGGGUAAGAACCCUGGGGAAUUGAAGAAUGAGAGCGCGGUUGGAGCGUGGGAUUAUUGGCCUGAGACGAGGGGAAUCAAGGUUGAUGGGGCAGAUAAGCUUUGGGUACAGGUUCAAGAGUGGGAUGGGAGCUCUGGGGUAUCCUUGAGCCCUGUUGAUGGGGAGCUGCUGCUCGGAAAGAAGAUCGGAAGUUCGUAA